AUGGCUUCUGGUCUUCCCAUCGCCACAGUAUACGUACGAAACCUCGAGGAACGUGCAAAAGUCGACCAGCUGAAAGAUGCGCUGCUUCAGAUAUUCUCUGAGUACGGCAACGUUAUCGACAUCGUCGCCAAGACGAAUUUGAAGGCCAAGGGACAGGCUUUUGUUGUCUUUGAUGACCCCGAGGCCGCGCGCAAAGCCAUCGAGGAGGUACAGGGUUUCGAACUGUUUGAGAAGCCUAUGCAGCUCUCCCUCGCCCGCACUAGAAGUGAUGCGACCGUCAAGGCGAGUGGCAAUGAUGAAGAGUUUGAGCUUCACAAACGCCGUCGUCUAGCCGAAAAAGACAAGAAAAAGGCCUACGAGGCCGCCGAAGAGCAGAAGCGUCUCAAGAGGCCCGGUCCAGGCGGUGCUACCGCAUCCGACAACCGUCCUACCAAGGCCGCUCGCGGUGCCGGCCUCAAGUCCACGAACCCCUCUACUACAGCUGUCAUCCCCGACGAGUACCUCCCCCCGAACAAAAUUCUCUUUGUGCAGAACUUGCCAGAGGAUUACGACAUUGAUGCUGUUACAAGCAUAUUUGGUCGCUUUGAAGGUUUCCGUGAGGUCAGACUGGUACCAGGUCGCCGGGGCAUUGCGUUCGUCGAGUACGACGGCGAACAAGGAGCCAUCACGGCAAAGGAGAACACUGCCGGCAUGGUUCUUGGAGACACGUAUACUAUCAAGGUCACAUACCAGCGGCAAUAG